CAAUGCGUUCGAAUGCAUUUUAUAUUUGAUUUAUUUCUUAAUGAAUCGCUUUAUUAUAUCAUUCAAUUCCAAUCGAAAAAAAAAUAAAUUGAAUUUAGUUAUAAAAGUGUGAAAUCUCGCAAAAGAGAUUCGUUGAAAAAUAAUUUGAUUGAAAAUUUGCUGGUGAGUUCAAUUCGCCCAUUUGGUGCGAUUGUUUUGCGGUAAAUGAAACAUUAGUGUUUACGAUGAUAAACAAAAAAAAAUUCGGAACAAAAAAAUGAAAAUUACAUAAAAACAUAGUUGAUUGUUGAAAAAUUGUGAUUUGAAUCGAUGUGAAAUGAGAUUUCAUUGUUUUGUAAUAUUAAUUAUGAAAUAAAAACUCAUGUAUUCAUUUAGUUGUCGCUAUCGAUUGAGAUUCCGCCCCACUUUUGAGGUUUCAAUUUGUAUUUUAAUUGUCCAUCUGCCACCUGCCACAUAAUAAUCACAACAAUGGAUGAUCCACGAUUUGAUAAUUUGGUGAACAUUGACAUAACCUCAAAUAGACAAAACACUACCAUGGCCGACGAUAUGUUGUCAUCGAAUCGCACAUCAAAUAGCCCUCAGCAACUGAGUGCCGGCGAAGCCACUCGUGGACAAUCUCCACACGAUCAAUUGCCUUCAGAUCGUGGUGUUGUUGCUGUUGCUGAUGUUGCUGUUAGCGGUAAUAGCGAAGAGACGAACAUAAACCAGUUCACUGCCACGGCUGAUUUCGCAUCAUUGCAUCGCACAUUCAAUCUUGCUGAGGGAAAUUCCAUCGGCGAAGCCACACCACCCCGUACACAGUCUCCACACGAUCCAUUGCCUGUAUGUCGUACCUUGCCGCGUUCACGUGGCUCACCUGUUGGCACUUCUUCUCUUUCUAGUGGCACCGAAGACAACACUUCAGACGGAGACGAAAAGUUAAGUACAGACUCAAGCAGAUCGUGUCCCUCCGUGAUACCGACCUUUUCAAGAUCGUCAGGUGAUGGUUGCUCUGAAUUCGAAUCCAAAUUGACUGAUUUAAAGAACUUGGCUGAAGAUAUGGCUUCAUUCAAGCAGCGAAUGACGCCUAAAGAAGCAGCUGACACAAGAGAAAUGGGAACAGAGUUGGGAGCUUUGGUCGAAAAAGUACAUUCAACUGCGAUUCAACUGAAUCCUCUAAAUAUAGCACGUUCUACUGGCUUCAUUCAAGAAAUUUUUAAAAUUGCUUUUGAAAUUGCAUUGAACGUGAAUUUGGAUACUGCACAAGCAGCAGAUCAAUUGUCUAGUUUAGCUGAGCGAAUGGAUUCUAUAACUAAGCAAAUGAUUGAUUUAUUUGAAGAGAUUCUGAACGGAGCUCGUCCUCAGACCGUAGAUAGAAAUUCAGCACACAGGUAUUUUAAAAAUAAAAGUAAAAAUAUGCCCUUAUUAGUAAAAGUUCUUAAAAAGAUAACGAAGAAUUAGAAUAGUCAAUUCUUCAAUUGUGUAAUUUUCAUUUCUGAUUUUUCAUAUGAAUUUUUGAACUUUGGAUUGAAUGACUAUAUUAACGUUAUCGCACGAGCGUUAUUUCAAUGUUCAUAAAUUUUCAUCAAAUUGCAGUGGAAGCUCACUUUGUUUUACCCUUCUGCUUAUUGCAGGUCAACAAACAGUCAGUUUAAUGUUUCUUUUUUUAAAUUUAUAAACAUUAAAACUUAUAAAAUGCUAGAAUGAAUGAGCCGUACAGAGUUAACAGAAAAUAUAAUAUCAUUUUGGCCAAAUAACAAUUGCCAAAUUACUUUUUCAUUUAUUUCUUUCUUUCUAUUUAAGUUGAUUUGGAAGCAGAUCAAAAGUUCUAAAAAAAAUCUAUUCUAAAUUUAUCAUUUCAUUUUCAUUGAAUUUUUGUUUCUUGGAAAUUAUCAAAAAGUAGAAUGAUCGAUUAUCUAAAAAAAACACAAAAAUUGAAAUUAUUAUAGAUUUUUUUCUCUAUUUCUAUCUUAUGUUCAAUAUUCUAAUGAUUUAUUUCACAUGAUAGACGAAUUUUAUUCUGAUCUGUAUGUAGAAAGUAAUUGAGGUUCUUUUCAUCAUAAGUAAAUUAAGAGCGUGCAUAAAAAUAAACCGAAUGUUAAUUGCUACUAAGCUAAUUGUAAAUCGCUACUUAAAAAUUAGGAACAAAAGCUGAAUCUUUAUAAAAUAAAUGAAUCAUGAUUUAUAUAUCCAAAAUAUCA